CAGCAAAAAAAAACAUGUCACUGGAAGGAGCAAUUGUGGUGGGGAGUGGUCAGCUGUCAGAGAGACCUCCCAAUAUCAAUCAGUAAGGUGGAUGAGGAGGGACUGGAGCUGGCAGUGUGCAGGCAUGAUGUCUUGCUGGCUGCCCUUAAUAUGUUUGUACAUGCUAAAGCGCAUGACUUCAAAUGUGAGGUCAAAUGGAGUGGCACAAACCAAGAAGGUGCUGGUAAAACACUAGGGGAGGAAGUAGAGCAAUGUAAUGCUUUCCUCUCCAGGAUAUCAGUCACCACAAAGCAUAUGUCAAAAGCAGGACGCAAUGACAUGCUGACACUCCUGGCCAUAAGAUGGAACCAGCAGAAAUGUCCAAACCUGGCUCCUGGACUUUCCCAGAGAUACCAUAAGACAUCUAAAGCUCUCAAUAUCCCGAUUGGGGACCUGGAAACCCUCAAAGCCCAGCAUCAACUGGGUGAACAAACUGUGGAAGAAUUUGUGCAAGAAGUAAAAGAAUGGGCAGAUGGAGAAAUUGACCAUCAAGGCACACCACAAGCUUUGUGUAAGAAGAUUGAGGCCUUCACAACCAGCAUCAACACGAGAGCUCAACUCCUAUAUCGGAAAAACGACAAAGGCCGACAUAGAAUUCGCAGAAAAAUAAGACAACAGAAGACCACUUUGAAGGCCAUGGUAGCAGAGUACAACAGUCUCGUUGCAUGGAUAGCGUUCUGGACACAGAACAUCCCUGGCCUUGGCAAAUUACACAGAGUGGUAUGCAUUUCAUGUACUGCUCUGCUGAUUUCAGCACAAAGAAAGAAGUCUUCGAUAGGGUCAUGGGUGUUCGAAGGCUUCAAGAGGAGAAGAAGAUCCUUGUGAAAGAAAUGAAGCAGCACUAGGAGUCUCUCAAAGCCCAUGCCAGGGUCUUGUCUGAGUUGUCUCAGCAUCAGAGUGAAGACGCCAUGCAAAGACAUCUCACAGAGAAAGCAACAAAGGGUCACACCUGCCUCAUCCUCAGAAGGCAGUGGGAAAUGAGAGAGCUGCAGCGGCAUACAAGAAAACACUACCUGCAUGUGCUGUCAUCAGCAGAUGACAUAAUGGACACAAUGGACAGUUCAGAUGAGUUCGACAUUAGCUGUGAAGAUUCAGAGUCGGAUGCAAUGUAAAACAGGAAGAUGUGGUGCUCAUGAUCACAGUGCACCGUGUGCGACACAUGGUCACACAGAGCAUGUGGCUUUAAAAAGUAACUAACGUAUGUGCUCAUUGUCAGGAUUAAGUUGGAGAUGACAGUUGUAGUUUUUGUAUUAGGUUGUUGUUAUUUCUGCAUUUGGUUUUGAAAUGUUUCAUCACUUAUAUAAGGUUUGAUUUUUCUACUGGGUUGUGGGAAGUUCCUGGUUAAUGUUGUCUUACAUCUUUACAACACAAACCACUGUCCUUUACUGUCUUAUCUUUGAUUGAUGUUCAGUUCUGCAUCUUUUCAGGGAUUUUCUUUCCAGUUGAUCUUUACUGUUUGAUUAAUAAUUGUUCUUUAAUGUUUAAUUAAACAAAGGCACAAUAAAGCUACAUUUCUGAUUGA